GUGGGAUUUAGGGCGGGAGCUCUCGAGCUGUCUCGGAGGCUGAUCGGAUUCUGCAUCUAUGGAGCGAGCUGAGGGUGAGAGAACCUGCUAAGGCCAUCAAACCUAUUGAUCAGAAGUCAGUCCAUCAGAUUUGUUCUGGGCAGGUGGUACUGAGUUUAAGCACUGCUGUGAAGGAGCUGGUAGAAAAUAGUGUGGAUGCUGGUGCCACUAAUGUUGAUGUAAGACUUAAAGACUAUGGGGUGGAUCUCGUUGAAGUUUCAGACAAUGGAUGCGGGGUAGAAGAAGAAAACUUUGAAGGCUUAACUCUGAAACAUCACACUUCUAAGAUUCAAGAGUUUGCUGACCUAACUCAGGUUGAAACUUUCGGCUUUCGGGGAGAAGCUCUGAGUUCACUCUGUGCACUGAGUGAUGUAACUAUUUCUACCUGCCAUACAUCUGCAAAGGUUGGAACUCGACUGAUGUUUGAUCACAAUGGGAAAAUUGUCCAGAAAACCCCUUACCCACGACCCAGGGGGACAACAGUCAGUGUGCAGCAGCUCUUUUACACACUACCAGUACGCCAUAAGGAAUUUCAAAGGAAUAUUAAAAAGGAAUAUGCCAAAAUGGUCCAGGUCUUACAUGCAUACUGCAUCAUUUCAGCAGGCAUCCGUAUAAGUUGCACCAAUCAGCUUGGACAAGGAAAACGACAGCCUGUUGUAUGCACAAGUGGAAGCUCCAGCAUAAAGGAAAAUAUCGGAUCUGUAUUUGGGCAGAAACAGUUGCAAAGCCUCAUUCCUUUUGUUCAGCUGCCCCCUAGUGACUCUGUCUGUGAAGAGUACGGUCUGAGCUGUUCCGAUGCGCUGCAUAAUCUGUUUUAUGUUUCAGGUUUCAUUUCACAAUGUGCUCAUGGCGUUGGAAGGAGUUCAACUGACCGACAAUUUUUCUUUAUCAAUCGACGGCCUUGUGACCCAGCAAAGGUCUCCAGACUUGUGAAUGAGGUCUACCACAUGUAUAAUCGACAUCAAUAUCCAUUUGUUGUUCUUAACAUUUCUGUUGAUUCAGAAUGUGUUGAUAUCAAUGUUACACCAGAUAAAAGGCAAAUUUUACUACAAGAGGAGAAGCUUUUGUUAGCAGUUUUAAAGACUUCUUUGAUAGGAAUGUUUGAUAAUGAUGUAAAUAAACUUAAUGUCAGUCAACAGCCACUAUUGGAUAUUGAAGGUAACUUAAUAAAAAUGCAUACAGCAGAAUUGGAACAGCCUCCAUCAGAAAAGCAGCAGAAUUCUCCUUUGUUAAAGACUCAAGGAGAAGAAAAAAGGGCUGUAUCCAUUUCCAGACUGAGAGAGGCCUUUUCUCUUCAUCAUGCGACAAAGAACAAGUCUCAGGACAUGGAAAUUCCUGAGCCAAGACAGAACUCUCCGAGACAGAAAAGGAGUAUACCAUCUUCUAGGGCUUCAGAUUCCAUCUCUGCCAGAGACUUGCUGGGCUCUCAGGAAGAGGUGAUAAUUUCAAGUAAGGGCUCUGGUGACCACAUGGACAGAGCAGAAAGGGAAACAGAUUUGGCACACAGCAGCACUUCAGCUGGCUCAGAGGGAGGGUUCAGCACUCCAGACACAGACAGUCAGGUCAGCAGUGACCCUGCAGUGAGUUCCCUGGAAGACAGGUUUUUGCAGGAAAACAUGGAAUCUUGUGAGAAAUUACCUGAAACUAUCUAUCAUCUUUCAGAUGUGGAAUACCAUUUAAACCAAGAAGAUACUGGAUAUAAACUUAAAGCUUUGCCCCAGCCAACUAAUCUCUCAUCCCCAAACACAAAGCAUUUUAAGAAAGAAAUUCCUUCAGAUUCUGACAUUUCUGAAAAAUUAGUUAAUAUUCAGAACACCUCAGUGUCUCAGGUUGAUGUAGCUGUUAAAAUUAAUAAGAAAAUUGUGCGCCUUGACUUUUCUCUGAGCUCUUUAGCUAAACGAAUAAAGCAGUUACAUCACCAAGAACAGCAAAGUGCUGGUGGAAAGAAUUACAGGAAAUUUAGGGCAAAGAUUUGCCCUGGAGAAAAUCAAGCAGCAGAAGAUGAACUGAGAAAAGAGAUAAGUAAAACAAUGUUUGCAGAAAUGGAAAUCAUUGGUCAGUUUAACUUGGGAUUUAUAAUAACCAAACUGAAUGAGGAUAUCUUCAUAGUAGACCAGCAUGCUACUGAUGAGAAAUAUAACUUUGAGAUGCUACAACAGCACACUGUUCUUCAGGGUCAGCGGCUUAUAGUACCUCAGAGUCUCAACUUAACUGCUGUCAGUGAAGCUAUUUUGAUAGAAAAUCUGGAAAUAUUCAGGAAAAAUGGCUUUGAUUUUAUUAUUGAUGAAAGUGCUCCAGUCACUGAAAGGGCUAAAUUGAUUUCCUUGCCAACUAGUAAAAACUGGACCUUUGGACCCCAGGAUAUAGAUGAACUGAUCUUUAUGCUAAGUGACAGCCCUGGGGUCAUGUGCCGGCCUUCCCGAGUCAGGCAGAUGUUUGCUUCCCGAGCCUGUCGAAAGUCAGUAAUGAUUGGAACUGCUCUUAACACAAGUGAGAUGAAGAAACUCAUCACUCACAUGGGAGAGAUGGACCACCCCUGGAACUGUCCCCAUGGAAGGCCAACCAUGAGACACAUUGCCAAUCUGGAUGUCAUUUCUCAAAACUGACAUUUCUCACUCUAUGGAAUUACAGAUUUUAUUGCAGAUUUUUCUGUUUUAAAAGACAGAGUCUUAAGGAACCUUUUUGUGGGGAAGGAGGGGAUCAAAAUUAACCUGCUGCUUAAAAAUAUAAUGUACCAGCUCCAUUUAAAAAUGGUCUUGACAACCUUUCAAACCA